UGUUUCCAACCAUACGUCAACAAAUAACUCUAAAUAAACAAAAAUAAUGUAGACAAAUAAUAGCUAACUAUGAGACUUUAUCUGUAUCUCCAUUUAGGCAUCAUUUUGUCCAUUAUUUUAGUAAUAUUUUUGCUGUACAAUAUUAAACAAAUCAAUCAAAACGAAUUACCGCUCGCGGAAAAUUUAACGAGGAAUGGAAAACCUUCUGAAGACAUCGUAUUAAAGGGAAACGAUAUCGUGGUCGCGGUGGUGGCUUGCGGAGAUCGAUUGCACGAGACUUUGAUGAUGCUCAAAUCGGCGCUGAUGUUUACGAGGAAAAAGAUAAAUUUUAUUGUUUUGGCGGAGGACGCGUUGAUAGAAAGUUUCGAGGAAAAGUUGAGGGAGUGGCAAUCAUUUUUAAACGCCUCUUUCUCAUUUAAAAUCUUACCGCUACAUUUUCCGAAGAAAAACGCGAGCGAUUGGAAGAGUUUAUUCAAGCCUUGCGCCGCCCAAAGGUUAUUUUUACCCACUGUUUUGAGGAACAUCGAUUCGAUAUUAUAUGUAGAUACGGACACGUUAUUUUUGACUCCCGUCGAGGACGUCUGGUCAUAUUUCGGCAAGUUUAAUAGGAGCCAAAUGGCAGCACUGGCGCCAGAGCACGAGGACCCUAACGUUGGUUGGUACAAUCGCUUCGCGAAGCACCCAUAUUACGGUAAACUCGGCGUGAAUUCGGGAGUGAUGCUCAUGAACCUCACCCGAAUGAGGACCUUCCAGUGGGAAGAAUAUGUGGUUCCUAUUUAUAAGAAAUACAAACUUCACAUAACAUGGGGAGACCAAGACAUAAUAAACAUUAUUUUUCAUUACCACCCAGAUAAACUGUAUGUUUAUUCCUGCAGGUAUAAUUACAGGCCGGAUCAUUGCAUGUACACGAGCAUUUGCAAAAGUGCUGAGAGAAAAGGCGUGGCAGUUUUGCACGGUUCUAGAGGAUUUUUCCAUUCCUUAAAGCAGCCCGUUUUCCAAGCAGUUUAUCGAGCUUUCGAAGAAUUCCAGUUAGGUGGUGAUAUCUACAACGAAUUUUAUCAGCCCUUAAAAUUGUAUUUGGAUUUGGCAGAAAAUACGAAGUGCGGAGUGGUGAGAGACAUUUUUCUCAAAAAUAUUAACAAAUACCUAGAUCUGCGGUUAACCUCGAAAUAAUUGCUCGCGUUUCGUAGACAUUGUUAUUCGCGCCAUGUUCGCGGCGACUAUGGACGUUUUUCAAAAUGUAUUCUCGGUGAUAUGACUGUACAAAUUACUCGAUAAUCUCACUAGUUGCUAGGUGCAUAUUCAUUUUUAUGAAUAUACGAAACUGUCUGUCCAAUUGGUUUAACUCAGUUAAAUUAGAAAGAUUUAAAAGAAUUUUAUGAUGAAUUGUUUUUGAAAAAUUUGAAAAAUCAUAAAGAGUUUAUGUGUGUAGAGGUAAUUUUGUCUAUAAUGCGCAGGUGACCUUGGAAUUGGUACAUUGUGAUUUUGAAAUUUUCUUAUAGACACCAUAUUGAAUAUUUUAAUUAUUAGAUAGAGCAUACAAAAUGCUUUUAAACGAUUUAUCGCUUAAUGCAUUUAUCACCACUUUUUUAAAGGUCUAUUCAAAAUUGAAAAAUCAAUAACAUAAAAAAUUUCAAACAAAAUUUAUUUACUUACCAAUCACUUUGGACGAAAUAAACAAAUAAUAAUUUAAAUUUUUUAAAUUACACAUUGUUGAUAGUAAUAUUUAUAUUUUAAGGUUAAUUGUUUGAAAUGCUUCUAAAAUUACCUAACGUAAUUGAUGUUCGAAAAUUACGUUGGUACGCAUAGUUUUCGAUGUACUUCCAAAAGUAAAAGUCGGGAGGAGCUGGAUGUGGCAAUCGUGCAGGCCAGGAAAAUGUGUCAAAUCUAAUUGAUGUGUUCCCAAAAUUCCCACGCACAUAUAAGAUCUUAUUUGGCUGCCAUCUUUCAAUUGAGCUAUUUAAAUUUUAAUUUUAAUUUAAAUUUCUCGAUUAUUAUUCACAAAAUGUAACACUUUAACAUGUCGAACUCACUUUCAAAAGAAAAAUUUCUUUCCAAAUUUUAAAUAAGUUGAAAGUGUACCUAAUUAACUUUUGUAUUGUAACGGAAGUUAAACUGUCAAUAAAAACAUUUAUUUUUCCAACACCCACUAUGUUUAUAGUAGCAAUUGUACUGUCAAAAUUUUUAUUUUUCUGUCUGUUGAGCAUGGCCCGCUAUAAAAAAAAUCAAAUUUUGUUUUUGUGAGCCUAAGAAACAUCAUUUAAAGGCAUUUUUUGUGCCCUAUCAUGAGAAUAUUCAAUAUGCAAAUCUCGAAUUGUUGUUUACUUUUAUAUACAAAUAGCGAACUAUCAACUUUUUAUAUUUCCUCAAACUUCUCACUAUGGAAUCAUCUUGCGGCCAGAUUUAACUUUUUCAUAAGAUUCUUUAAAACUUUUCUGAUCUAACCAACCCUAUAUCUCCUAUGGUUUCCCUUAUAUGGGACACGCUGCAUAAUAAUUAAAACGUUAUUUGUGAAUUUAAGUAUGAAAUAUAAAUUGUUGUAUCCGUUUUUAACAUUCUUUUAUUUAUUUAUAAUUAAAUUCACUACAAUAUUGACACGCAAGUUAUAAACAAACAUUUUGUUUUUUGGUGACGACCUACUUCACAGCCACCUAAGAUAUAAAUUAUAUAUUCUAGAAUAUUAUUUUAUUUUUGAAUGUUUCCUUUAUGUUAUGUUUAUCUCAAAAACUUGGAUUUAGAUAAAAAAUAUAUAUCUUUUAUUUGUGGAUGAUUUCUGCAACACUCUGUAUCUAUAAAAAUAUAGCUUGCAUAUAGCUUACUGUUUUUUGGACAACUUUUGUAUUUGACGUAGUAAUGUAACUGUAUAAAAAAUGAUAGCUGCAGUAAAUUCUAGUUGAAAAUAAAUGUGAAAACUUACCACUCAAUCAACAGCGACUAGCGACUAUUGCAGCAAUAAUCACAAAUCACCUCGCGUUAAAUUAUAACGCUUGAUAAGUGUUUUUAAAACCGCAGAAAAGGGUGUGCGCUUAAUACUACAGGAUAAGGAAGGUAACUACAUUGCUUGGAUCAACGGCCAUCAUGUACUCAUACGUGAUUUGUGGAAUUUUGGGUAAUUAGUGCCUAGAAAAACGAAUUUUUGGAAUACGUGCGCUGUACUAUUUUGCAUUUAAAUGUUUAAAUAAGCAUUGUAACUAAAGUUGUAAUCCCGGUUGGCCCGAUUCAAUUUUCACAUGAAUCUCUUCAUGUAUUUUUAGCCGUCAAUUUUUUUUGUGGUGAACACAAUGCGGUUUUUUCGAGCAAGAUUGGAUUGAUUAUUCUGGUGGAAUUUUGU